CACUGUUUUAUCUGAUUUUUCCUUGUCUUCAGCUGCCAAACAAGUGUUCGCUGAUAAGUAUUUUGCUCUUGCACUGGUUCAUCAUUGUCUUGUUAUUUUCUUUAAACUGUUAUGGUAUCUGGAUUGGAUUUAGUUAUAUUAUUUUCAGUUAAACAUAAGUCAUAUUUAAUCUUUGCGCAUUUGACUGCUGAAAAUUCUUUUGACAAGCGAUAAUUUAGCCCAUAAAGAUAGCAAACCAAAUACAAUUCUGCACAAAAUUGGAACUUAGACAAGGAUUCCUGAGAUUGAAAUUUUCAUAGUUAUGCACCAAAACUGUAAAAAGCAGUCAGAACUGUUCUCUUAUUUCGGUAAGAAACAACUUUUUGUCAAUAUGUGCACGCAACUACAAAGAGAGCAAUUAGAAACGACAAAGUAUAGUACACUAUGGCUACCCAUACAGGAUCCACAAAUAUCCGUGGCAUUUCCACUGUGUCCGAACAUGUAACAAGCAUGUGGAUCUUAAUUUGUUGUCAAUAUCAGUCGUUAAAUGCUGUUCAAAAGAAAAAAGAAACCAAAAAGAAAAAUUGGGUUGACCAAAUCACAAGUUUCUUUGUGAAAGUUUCUCCAAGCAAUUUGUAUAAAAGAAUCAAAGAGCAUCAUGUGGUGGUCGUUUAGCAAGAAAGAAAAACCUGCUUUCUCAGCUUCUUCCACAGCUGAAGAAGUAACACAAGGCAUAGAUGGAUCUGGUCUCACUGCUGUUGUUACAGGAGCCACUAGUGGUAUUGGUACUGAAACAGCACGGGUUCUCGCAUUGCGUGGUGUUCAUGUGAUUAUGGGGGUCAGGAAUAUAGUUGCUGCUGGAGAUGUGAAAGCUGCUAUAAUAAAGGAAAUCCCAACUGCUAAAGUUGAUGCAAUGGAUUUGGAUCUCAGUUCCAUGGCUUCUGUCAGGAAAUUUGCCUUGAAUUUCAACUCCUCUGGUCUUCCACUUAACAUACUUAUUAAUAAUGCAGGUGUGGCAACUGGAAAGUUCAUGCUUUCUAAAGACAACGUAGAACAACAUUUUGCUACAAAUCACUUAGGUCAUUUUCUUUUGACAAAUCUGUUGUUGGAGACAAUGAAAAGAACAGCUAGAAAGAGUGGAAGGGUAGGAAGAAUCAUAAAUGUCUCUUCAGAAGGUCACCGUGUCUCAUAUCAUGGAGGAAUUCGAUUUGAUAAUAUCAAUGAUCCUUCAGGGUACAGCAGAUAUUUCGCUUACUGCCAAUCAAAGCUUGCUAAUGUUCUGCAUGCUAAUGAGCUUGCAAGACGUUUGAAGGAGGAUGGGGCAAACGUAACUGCAAAUUCACUUCAUCCUGGAAUGAUUCCCACCAAUCUUUUUUCCUCAAGCAGCAUUCUCAGUAAUAGUGUUGCAGCAGGACUAUUUAAGAUGCUUUCCGGAGUUGUGCUUAAAAAUGUGCAGCAGGGAGCAGCAACAACAUGUUAUGCGGCGUUGCAUCCGGAGGUGGAGAGGAUAAGUGGCGCAUAUUUUGUGAACAGCAGCUUAGGCCAAGCAAGUUCAAUGGCCAGGGAUGUGAAUUUGGCUAAGAAACUCUGGGAUUUCAGCAUGGAUAUAAUCAAUAGAUGAUGUAUCUAUUAUCACUCUUACUAUUAUUGCAGUAGAAACAAAAAAAAAAAAUCUAACCCUACACAUGUAUCUCUGUGUUUUAUGAUGGAUAUUUAGUUUCUCUGUGUAUAGCGAUUGAACUCGAUGAUGUUUAUGCUACUUUCCCAAUACAUAAUCACAAUGGAAAAUCUCUCUUUUUUCUAGCAAA